AUGUCGCUCUUUUUGUUUCCGAAGGAAUCCAAGAAACGACUACGUCCAGGAUCCAUACCUUCCGUCUACCCGAAGCGAAAACGGGACGAUCUCAACGAGGCAUUUCUGGAGACCCCUCGUGUUUCAGACCGCCUUGUUCCUAUAAAGCGUGAGGCAAACAGGGUAUUAGCGGAAUACCUAAAGGCAAAUCAAGUCACUGAUACUAGAGGUGAUGUUCCAAGUUCCCAUGACAGUGAGGUUGCCUCCAUAUAUGAACCAUGUGGAUCCAGCUCAGACGAAUCUCGAUGUGAAAUUGAGAGUGGAACAUCAAGUAAUCCCCUAGAGGAGAGGAAGUUCAUUGUGAGCAGGUCCCAGCUCCUGGAUUUGUUCAACACCUGCAAGAUAUACCAUCGUUAUGCCAAAGCAGAUGUGCAGCAAGUAAUUGGGACCAUGGUCAGGAUUGCUGCUGAGUGCAUGUUUUGUGGAUACUCCUGGCAAUGGUGCAGUCAACUGUCCAUUGGAACCAUACCAUCUGGGAACCUCGCCUUGUCUGCCAGCAUCCUAUUCUCUGGGGCCCUGACAGCUAAGGUUCUCCGUGUCCUGAAGUGUAUGGGGGUUGCCAUCAUUUCUACUAGAACCUUCCUCACCCACCAAUCCUCCAUUUUGUUUCCGUCCAUAGCCCGUGUAUGGGACAAUCAACAGAAAGAAUGGUCGGGCUGA